CAAAUCAAGUAGAAUCCAUCAUGGUUUUGUUGUUUUGUAGUGUUUACGUUUUUAUUGAUGCUAAAAUUAUGUAUUUAAUGCGAUCCAAGAUCGGUCUCACAUAGGUUUGGCGGACUUUCGUAUCGACCGUUGUGUUUGUGUUCGGCGUACGGUGCUCGCCAUGUACUCGAAAGGCAAGGGGUCGUCGGUGCCGUCGGACGCACAAGCCAGAGAAAGGUUAGCGCUUUAUGUUUACGAAUACCUAUUGCACACAGGCGCCUCCAAAGCGGCGCAAACGUUCCUCAGCGAGAUUCGCUGGGACAAAAACAUCACUCUAGGUGAGCCACCCGGGUUCCUCAGCUCUUGGUGGUGCGUAUUUUGGGAUCUGUACUGCGCUGCGCCCGAACGCCGCGACAACUGCGAACAUUCCAGCGAAGCCAAAACAUUCCACGACUAUGGUUUCGUUAAUCCAACCAAUUACAACCCCGGUGGCGUAAAUGGCAUUGGACAUAACACUGGACCGUCCCCUGGGCCGAUGGGCCCAAUGCCACCAAACGAUUCAAUCCCUCCUGGACCCGGAAUGCCGCCAAGUUUUUUCAACAACUCAAACAUGAGACCGUCACCCACUCAUCCUGUAUCACAAUCAAGCCCUCAUCCGCCACCCAAUGCUCCCCACAAUCAAAUGAUGAACCAGCCUUUUAUGGGCCCUAGGUAUCCUGGUGGACCUCGGCCCGGUGUAAGAAUGCCACCUCAUAUGCCUAAUGAUUUUAAUAGCCCAAACCAACCCAUGAUGAAUAAUAUGGAUAUUAUGCGUCCUGGACCGCCAGUAAUGAAUCCUAGAAUGAAUCUAUCGCGGGGUGGCUAUGGUCCUCCAAUGCGGGGAAUGCCUCCUGGUAAUGUUAUGGGCCCCGGCCCCGGCCCUGGAAUGCAUCCUGGUAUGGGCAUGGGUCCAGUUGGUCGACCUCAAUGGACACCGGGUAAUCCAAAUCAUCCAAUGGGUUAUACAUCUUCAUCACCUGGAAAUUACCCUCAAGGCCCCCCCGGUCCUGGUACACCAUUGAUGGCGAGUCCUCAAGAUUCAAACUCUGGUGGUGAAAAUAUGUACACAAUGAUGAAAUCUGUACCUGGCGGUAGUAUGCCAGGUGAAUUUUCGAUGGGAAAUCCUGACUCUGCGGGACCAUUAGGUCCAAUGGGACCAAAUUCAAUGGGCCCUGUAAUGAAUGGUGAUGGUAUUGAAGGUAUAAAACGAUCUCCACCUGACGGGCCGAGCACACCAAGAGAUGAUAGUGGUAGUGGUAUGGGUGAUUAUAACCUAGGAGGAUAUGGUGGACCUGUGGACAACGAUCAAAAUGAAUCUGCGGCAAUAUUGAAAAUUAAAGAAAGUAUGCAGGAAGAAGCAAAAAGGUUUGAAAAAGAUUCUGACCACCCAGAGUAUUACAUACCAUAAUAGUUGCAGGCAUUUUUAAAGCAACUCAUCAUCUCUGGUAAUUAGAAAAAAUUCUUGCCAAAAUGUAUGUAUAUUUAUAUUAUUACUUAUUAUUUAUCACUUAAAGGUUUAAAGAUUACUUAAUAUCAUUGUAAAUAGUUCCCAGCGUGUCAUGUGAAAACGCUGUCAAUAUUAUGUGCUUCUUGUAUUUUGUUAUUUCUUUUAUAGUGUUUUAAGACAUUUCUGUGGAUCACCUUUAAUCUUGUAUGUUAUAUUUUAGAUUAUCGGUAUUUAGAUUUAUAACUUAUGUAACCAAAGGAGUAUUUCAUAAAUAUCCAUUUUGGGCUUACAGCUAAUUACCAUUAUUGCAAUGCAAAUUAUUAUAAUUUGUCCCCUAUGGAAAAAUGGACAUACUAUUUAUUUCAAUACUUAAUCGAUAUUUUGAAUAAGAAAAAACAUUAACUUACACCAAGCAAACUGUUUAUUGAUUAUAAGCAAUUACCUAUUAAAAACUGCAUUUAUAAUCAACAAUAAACAUUAAUGCAUAAUAAAUAUAGUUCUCCUCUAAAUAAUAUAUAAAUAAAAAAUAGCUAAAUUUACCAUUUGGUAUUUUUGAUCUUAUUAUUAAAAUUAUGUUAAUUUUUUUUUAAAUUGAUAAACAUUAAGUAUGAAUUUACUUAGUUGUUGUAAAUGCAAUAAAGUUAUUCAUAUCUUUUUUCUUCUGAGGAACAUAGCUGUAAACACUGAAAUUAUUGUUGAAGUUUCAAUCUAAAAAAACUUACCGUGUAUAUGAUUUAAAAAGAAAUUUAGUGUUUUCAUGCUUGUUCUGUAAGAAAUUGGCAAUUGAUAAGAGUUUAAUUUAUUUUUAUCAAAUAUUGAUAUUCGUUUUGCGAUGACAUGUGCUUAAACCUUGCAUAAUGUCUCUUUUUGCAUACCUACAAAUUUAUAUGAUAAUCAGUAAUCUCUAAUUAGUAAAACAACUUAAAAAUAUCCUUGAAAUUUUUGGUUGGGAUACCAGUUAGUUUAAACAAUUAGAGGGUUAUAUUCAGAUUUAUUAUGC